GCGCGAGGUGGUGGCGUCAGGCUCCCUGGGCUUUCUCGGAGGCUCCCAGAAGAUCUAUAUGGCGUCUUGGCACAAUCGCUCUUUCGUUGCCGUCAUCGGGAACUCCAGGAAUGUGUCCCUCUACACACUCGAUGCUCAGACGCUGCAGGCGACUUACUGGGCCACCGUCGACGGGGACGUGGCGUGUGACUUCGGCAUCGUCACCAAUGACAGGCUGCUGCUGACGUGCGUCGAAAACCCCUCCACCACCUCGCCUGUCGUCAACGUGUACCGGGUCCUUGAGGAGACCGUCGGCGGGAAUGUGUCGCUCCACCAUCACCAGGUCAUCCAAGCGGAGCACCCUAUUGACGUGAAGAUGUGGACGCAGCUGGACACCCCGAUCCUGAUGGUGGCCGAAUCCCUCAAAAAGGUGAACGUCACCGUGGAGACGGACUCGGGGACUGAGGUGGUGCUGAUGGCCAACUACGAGACGGUGUCGUUCGUGUACGAGUGGGCCGGCGAGUACUUCGACGCCAUCCAGGAGCUCCCCGGGACGAGACCCAACUCCGUGACGCACAUCAGGAUCUACAACGCCCACUUCAUCGCCAUGGCCAACUUCAUCGAUAACAAAGGUCGGCACAAUAUUUACAGCAUGAUCUACAAGUACUCCCUGAACGUGGGCCACUUCGUGCCCUUCCAGCGCAUCCUCACCAGGGGCGCCUACCACUUCGAGACCUUCGUUCUGGGCUCCGGGCUGGCCUCGGAUACCUUCCUGGCGGUUGCGAAUCACUGCGAGGACAAUGAAAAUGGCGGUUGCAAUCCACAUACGAACUCUCAGAUUUACCGAUAUCGUCUCGGUAAAUUUAUUCUUUACCAAGACAUCCCGACGUCUUACGCUGUGGCCUGGCUUGCUAUUCAGGUGGACAACAAUGUCAUCCUUGCCCUGGCGAGUUCCAUGACAGGCGUGACUUUUUACCAGUUCGACGGGUGGAACUUUGUGACAAGCUUCACCCAGUACUCGGGUGGAGCCAUUGGUGAGGGCGUGAACUCCUUGGCCAUGGUUUCUCUACCUGAUAGGAUCCUUAUGGGAGUUAGCAACCAUGAUCCAGACAAAAUGAGUUCCAAUCUCUUUACGUUGAACUUCAACUACACAAAUUCUCUCGAUAACUACCACCACCGCGCCGAUGAGUGGUGUCAGAAACGACGCAGUGACAUCAAGGAAAGAGAUGUCACUGAGCUGGAGGCACGCGUAGCUUCGGCACCACAAGCUACUUCAGGCUACGUUUUCACUCAGCACGUCACAAUCACAGCUGAUCUGACGGUGAACCAUGAGGCAAAUGUGACUGCUAUAUAUGUAACGGAACCAGACCUACAUAUACCUACGGACUGGCGCCAUCUCUCAGACCUUCAGGAGAACGUCGAAAAAACGGCUGUUAGCGUUGCAGCUAAGAUGAAGGAUUCGAUAUUAAUCAACUCUCCUCAAACCUGGCCAGCUGAUCUUCAUUUCGCCGACCUCAAGGUCAAGAGCGAGAGCGAAGUUGAUGAGCUAUUUGUAAAUGAGGUCAAUGGUCUGACCUUUCCUGCAGAUGAUGACGUCAUAAAACUUACAGGAGCAUCUUAUUCGACACUCCAUUCCGUUUCCUUCGAGCACGUGGAAGCGAAGGUCGAUGCUCGCGUCACGAACCUAACAGGGCGCCCCUUCUCUUCGUACAUUACCCUUCACGGUACUCACAACAUCACUGGCAACACCACCUUCCUAGGGGUCGUGAGGGCACCAGUCGUCGAGGCCACGUCAGGGUAUGUGGACGGCCUCCUUGUGAGCAACGCGACCGUUUUGACGACGACAGGCCAGCAGCAGUACUUAGGGGCUUUCACCUGCCAGAGCGUUGAUGCAUCGGAGAUCGAGACUGGAUCACUUAAUGGCGUUGACAUCAACCAGUUCCAUCGUGAUGUCGUUACUGUGGAUGGAACACAUGCUAUAUAUGGUGCAUUGAGUCUCGAAGAACUUGUGUAUCAUGACCAUUUAGAGGCAAAUGUAUCGGCAAGCAUUGAUCUUGUUAAUCCACUGAGGACAGACGUUACAGCUCUCCAGGAAGUCACAGCCAUACACAAGCUGGGAAAUCUCGAAGUAGAAGACCUAGAAGUAGGAGGAAAGGUCAACUCGGUGAAAAUUCCUGAGGAUGUCUUCAUUAACGGCUCGGACUACUUUGUGGAUUCAGCCUCUCUCGAUGUCGUUGAGGCUGCAUCAGUCCAGAUCAUCAAGAAUCUUGAUCAUAUUACCGUGAGCAACGAUGAUAAAUUGAACAUCCUACGGACUUCUGGUGAUCAAGUAGUGACUGCCCCCAAAACAUUCACAGAGUUCCACUUGGCAGAUACUUUCCUUACACCCUUGUUGGAAAGGAAACGGCGAAGUAUUCUGGAUGAAUGCAAGCUCUCCUCAUCUUCAGGAAUCACAGAAUUGGAGGGUCACUUUGAGGAGCUGAGGGGGCUCUUGCAAGGCUUGUCCAUGACAAAGGAGUUCUUAAUGCUGCUUCGAGAUGCACAACCUGGAAAAGUGGCACAGAUACCCCUUUACUUUGUGGAUUUGUAUGAGGAAUUCUUUGAAGAAGAUGCCAUUUCUUGUGCACUUGUACAAAGCAAUGUGGUCUUUUCCGAGAUGUUGAAGUUUAUUGAUAUCCAUGAGACAAAUACAGAAGUGAGUCCUUAUUUGAACAGAACUUUGAGUGCUAACGAACUUGCUGAUAUGAUUUCGAAACUUGAAGGAUUUGUGGAAAACUUGAGAGAGCUUAUUAUUUUGGAUGCCACAGAAAUAAUGGCCUGGCCCAAUUUGGUUCAGUUUUUCCACAAUGCAAGAAGACAAAUGUCUCAUGAUGAGAGGGAUCUUUCACUUCUAAGACUAAUAGAAAAUCUGUUUGAUUCCCAAAACUCCCAGAGAUUGCUUAACCCAGUUCUUAGUUUCUGUGACUCCAUCUGUCCUGUGAAAGAUGAUGGAAAUAUCUGUCAACCUGGUAUUAUGGUCAUUAGGAAUCUCGUCAGGAGAAUUGCUUCUUAUCCCUCGGCUUUAGAGACAAUGGCAGUCCCUAGACAGGAUCAUGAGAAAGCCCAGAUGAUUAGCUUAGCCAUUAUAGAUAGAGAUAUUGAGGCAUUGCUUGGGUACUUGUCCUCGGAUGAGCAUUUACAGGAAAAUCUGCACAUAGCAAGUCUCUGUGGCUUCUCCAAAAAAUGGGAAAGGGAUGACGAUAAUGACAAGACAGCUUUAGAGAUUUUAUUAGCUUAUGAAGAUGGGCUCAAGAACCUUCCCACCGACCUGAGGAGACCGAGGAGACGUAGCCAUGAAGGUGUGCUGGCCACCACCGUGGAGGACUCCUGGUCAGUUGUCACUGAUGGUUCAGCAGAAGACACCACUGGCACCUCUGACGUCAGGGCUUUCGGUAACAUCGUUGGAGGCGAAUUUAACGCAAGUAUCUCCUUAGCUCCUCCUGAGGAAUCUUCAGAAGUCUGGAGUAGUCUGUCAGUUUACUUUCAUAAUUUGGAGAACUUUGUGAAUACAAUGUAUAAACUUGAUGGCACUUUUGUUGAUACAGCCAACGAAGAAGUAAAAAAGAUUAUUCAUCUGAACAUUGAUUACUUAAAAGCUUUGCACUCUAACUUUAGCAUUGGCCUUGAAGAUGCAUCUCUUCUUGAGCACUUGUCUGAGAGCCUCAUACUGGGUAGGGAACUGAUGAUGAAUUACCGUAUAACACCUGAAGUGGCCGAUUCAGUUAAACUGAUGAAGACCUUACCAUGGAUUCGUCGGCUAAUGAAUAAGAUUGUUGAGCAGACAGGAUCCAGGCCCAAGGAAUCUUCUCCAGACAAAACAAUUGACACAAGAAUGGGGGGUACAUUGCCAGUGACAUAUGAUUAUUCCAUGAUUAUCAAUAACGUUUUUCACAACUUGUCACAAACCCUGAUGGCUGAAGAUGUUGAGAAAGAUCGCAAGCAGCGCAUAUUGCUCUUAAAGGAGGUAGCAGAACGGCUAAUGGAAGCAAAACGAUCUAUGUACUUAUCUCGGCAAGUUCGAGAGAUUGCAGACAAAGCAGAAUUCGUUGAUAUUUUGAUAAGCAUCCUAAAAGAGUUAGUUCAGAGUGCACGGUCAUAUACCUAUACACAUAAUGCUUCAAAGGAUAAUAUGAAGAGAUAUAGAGAGGAACUGCUGCAGAUAUCCAGGGUUAUCAGUUCAGGUUACCCAGAUGCUGGACAUAUCUCGGACACAAAGCUUUGGGAAAUCAAAUGGUUGAAGGACCAGUUGAUUGGGGACAUGGCAUACUGUAAAGAAGGAAGACAAGUUAUGUCCACAAAUAUAAACUGUGAACCCCUUCUAAAUUCAGGUUUGUCCCACACAGAUAUCCUCUUCCCUUUUCUACCACUUCCUGCAAACAAGGAACCAGUCUUUAUGGCUUCCCAGUUGACUUCUCCGUUGCAUGAGGUGAAUAUGCUAUCACCUAAUCGUACAUACCUCUCUACCAUUCUUGUUUUCCUUAAUGUGGUUGAGGCUGGACUCCCUAUACAAAGCAAGGUUCCUGAAUUACAAAUGGGCUUGCCUGUUAUAAUGGGUUUUGUAAGAAAGGAAUUAGACUCUGUGGUGGAUAUUUUAAUGGACCUUGAAAAUGAUAUUUGGAACAUUGGGGGAGCAUAUGAUACCUACCUUACAAAUAAAGUGAAAAAUUUCCUAGUUGCAUGUGACCUCGUACAGAAAUAUUCUGAUCAUGUAACUGAUGACGUGUUUGUCAGAUUGAACAAAAUCCGUCAUCUUGUCUCAAAUGUUAAAUACAAGGUAUUGCAAGCAUCUGCAGAUUUAGACAAAUCUGCAGAAGGGCUGGUAUUUCAAGCUGCUGAGAGUGUUGCAGAGAAAAGCAAUAUCCAUAUUGGAAAUCCUCUACAUUUCAUUUCUGCUGAUGUUAGUAUGGAUAACUUUGUUGGGGUUUGUUCAAAUAUCACAACAGCAAUCUCUGAGGGAUUAAUACAGAAGAAUAGUUUUAGAGCUGUUUUAGAUAAUAUUCAAAAUCACUUGAACUCCAUGAAUUCACUUUGGCCUAUUCAUGUUAAGGUGAGUUCUCAUCGUAGAUUGGGAUAUUCCUACUUGUCAAAGCAGUCCAAGAUUGUCAGAAAAACUCUAGCAAAGUUGAAGAACAACUUGUUGGGAACUAUUACAUCAAGAGAAGAAAAGUUUUCACCAGAUAUUUUCAAAACCUUUGUAAAUAUUCUAAAGUUUGCUGAAAAUUCUGAUAUAAGCAUUAAUAGUGAGACUUUUAAGAGACUUGAUGCUAUCUAUAUGGAAAGUUCAGCAGUAUUAGAGUUCAUUUCUGAGUCACUGUCUUGUUUGGAAUCAAAGCAGAAGUCAGUUACUGAUAUUACACCUGCUCUGCCUUUCUCUACACAUGUACCAACUUUAUCCAUGCAUCAAAAGAAACACUCCUCAAUGCCCAGACUAGUCUCCUCUACUCAAACAAGAUUUGAAUCACCUUCCUCCUAUCAAAUGCCAGAAUUCUUACUGCAAGGAAAGACCACAGACUCAGAGCAAGUAAAAUCAAUGUUAUUGCCUUCUUCACAGGGAAAAGCUUUAACCUAUCCCAACCAAGGAAUUUCAGACAUCUUGGUGUCACUCUACGACUGUUCAGAGUUUUACACUCGUGUUGAAUCUGAUGAACAUGCAAAGGCAUUACUGACUAAUUUGAAAGCAGCUGAAGAGUACUUACAACUUUUGGUUUCCAUUGAGCCAUUUACAAUAGAGGCAGGGAAAAUGGAAGUAAAGAGUGUUAGUGCAUUCCUUAGCCGUGUUGUUCCAAAGGUGUCUUCUGUCUUACGUGCACUUGAUCUGGCACCGAUUGAAAAACAAGCAUUUUGGGAUGCGAAUAUUUCACUGGUGGAGGUAAAGAGUCUGGCUAGAAUGUUAAAACAUGUAAAGGCCUUUGUUCUUCUCCUCCCACAUGAUGUAGCAAUGGAGAUUAGGUAUGUGAUGGACCAGGCACCUACCAUUUUGAAGAAGAUCAAAGCCGUUUCUGCAUGCUUUGAGAAGCCACAGAUGAAGCCUGCUACCACAUCUCUAUCUAGCAUCCCAAUAGCCUUCCCUGAAGAUAUAAGUUCCGUGCAUGAUGCCACAACAUUGAUGCAUGAUUUCACUCUCCCACACAGUAAUACACAUUCAGACAUCCCCUACUCGCAUGAUAUCAGCACUUAUCCAUAUGAGGACACUAGUGCACAUUCACAUGGCCAUAUACAUUUGCAUGAUGCUGUCACCACAUACCCAAAAGAUGACAUCACAUAUCCCCAUGAUGCUACUACAAACCUGCAUAACACUGCAUACUAUCUUGACACCUCAAACACACAUACCACCACCACACCCUCACAUGAAGCAGCUACCACCACUACCACCACCAGUGCACACUCAUAUGAAGCCACACCACCCCAGCACACCCUCACAUGAA